CGCUAUUAGAAGAUCAGGCGCUUGCUAGAGCAAACAGAGAAAUUAAAUUUUCACUUACAUUUUUUUUUUGUUGCGGCAGUAUCUACAAACGACGGUGCAAUGCGGUAGAUCAUGUAGACCGUGUUCUUUUUUAUUUACUUUGAUUUUUAUUUUUUUACUUUGCUGGAUACAAACUCUCUUUGGUUCUGCGGCGUUUCAUUCAUAUCUCAAGUGCGAACUUCUCAAACUCUCCGAAAUCAUAUAACAGUGAAAUAUAUUGAGCGGAAACCACCAUGAGGACAGAGUGUGAGGGACAGACAGCAGCCAGGCAGGCAUUUCAGAUGAGCAGCGAGCAGAGCAUCUGUCAAGCGCGGGCUGCUGUCAUGGUAUAUGACGACGCCAAUAAGAAAUGGGUUCCAGCCGGUGGAUCCACGGGCUUCAGUCGAGUCCACAUCUAUCACCAUACUGGCAACAACGCCUUCAGAGUAGUGGGCCGUAAAAUUCAGGACCACCAGGUGGUAAUAAACUGUGCCAUUCCCAAGGGGCUGAAAUACAACCAGGCCACGCAAACCUUUCACCAGUGGCGAGACGCACGGCAGGUGUAUGGCCUUAACUUUGGCAGCAAAGAGGAUGCCAAUGUAUUUGCCAGUGCUAUGAUGCAUGCCCUGGAGGUGCUGAACUCUCAGGAUGCAGGUCCCCCGUUGCCAAGACAGACCCCUCAGGUGCAGAAUGGCCCAUCACUAGAGGAGCUGGAGAUGCAGAGAAGGCAGCUGCAGGAGCUCCAGCGUCAGAAGGAGCAAGAGCGGGAGAGGCUGGAGCGGGAGAGGCUGGAGCGGGAGAGGCUGGAGCGGGAGAGGCUGGAGCGGGAGAGGCUUGAGCAGGAGCGCGCUGAGAGGGAGCGGCAGGAGCGGGAACGACUCGAGAAGGAACGUGCAGAGCAGGAACGACUGGAGCGAGAGCGUCAGGAGCAGGAGCAGCUAGAGCGGGAACGCCAGGAACGGGAGCGCGCCGAGCUCGAGCUGAUGGAGAAAGAGCAUGCCGAGAGAGAGAAGCAAGAGAGGGAGAACCUAGAGCAGCUGGACAGAGAGCAGAUGGACUGGGAGAGAGGGAGACGCAUCUCCAAUGCUGCAUUUGAAAGCACCCUCUACACGCCUCCACCUUCCGAAUACAACAAGACCACCUCCUCUUCACCCGUCUCCCCUUCCACACCCAGCUACCCCCCACCAACACCAUCCUCCACAGCCACUCCCCCUACCCCGCCCCUUCGUCACUUUGCUUCCCGAUUCGCCACCUCGCUAGGCUCCGCCUUCCACCCGGUCCUGCCUCAUUACGCCACUGUCCCUCGCAGGCAACCCGCACCACCCACACCACCGCCCCCUGCACCGCCUCCUGCUCCAACUCCUUCCAAAUCUGUAGUCUGGAUGGCCAACAACUUCACCCCCUUACCGCCCUCUCCUCCGGUCAUGAUCAGCAGUCCACCCGGCAAGGCCACGGGCCCUCGCCCGUUUAUCGCGAUUCCGGCCCCUAGUCCGCUCUCCCAAAAACCGCCCUCGCCCAUCAUGGCGCCCAAUGGGCCGCCUUCCUCGCUUCACUUCCAUACCUCAUCCCCUGUCUCGGGUCAGCCACUUUCUUCGCCCCCGACGCCGCCACCUCCACCACCCAUUCACUACUCCUCGCCCUCGCCCACCAUGCCCAUCACUCCCCUUGUGUCUUGUCCCUCACCCCAGCCUGCUGUUGUCCCUUCUCCUUCCACAGCCUUCCCUGCCUCUGCUGAGCACUCUCUAAAUUCUGGGUUGGAAGACUCCUACUUCUCUGCUCCAGAGCUGCCCUUUCAGCCUGCUGACUUGCCCAGCCAGCCGGAUUCAGUACAGGGGAUGCCCACCCCUCCACCCCCACCCCCACUCCCUCCCGGCUCCACUGUGACUCCAACCACUGCCGGACCUCCACCACCCCCUGGCCCCCCUCCCCCUCUACCCCUUGCACUUGCCCCAGCAGGCCCACCCCCUCCCCCCGGCCCACCGCCUCCACCCUCAGGCCAGGCUCCGCCACCAGCACCUCCUCCACCCCCUGCCCCACCUUUGCCCUCGGGUCUGUUCACCCCCUCACCCACCACAGAAGAGAAGCCCCUGUCUGGGCUCGCAGCCGCCCUUGCUGGAGCGAGGCUACGGAAAGUGCCAAGGAGUGAUGAGCCUCCAGCUCCAGCCGUUGUUGGUGUGUUGAGCUCUGGUGGUGCCAAGCCGGAAGCAGCUCGUGGGAAUGGCCCUUUACCUGGAGGAGGAGGAGGUCUAAUGGAGGAGAUGAGUGCCCUGCUGGCCAGGAGGAGAAGAAUUGCUGAGAAGGGAUCAUCACCAGAGCCUGAGCAGAAAGCAGAGGAGAUUGAGGCUACCAUAACUCCAAAAGUGUCAGCCUGUAGCACACCAGACAUGCCCAGAAAGCCUUGGGAGAGGGCAAAUACCAUGAAUGGUAGCAAAUCACCAGUCAUUGGAAGACCAAGGUCUACACCAACUCCUACUGGAUCCAUAAGUGCCAAUGGGGUGCCAACAGAAACUCUUGACUAUGACAGAUUGAAACAGGACAUUCUAGAUGAGAUGAGGAAGGAACUAUCAAAGCUGAAAGAAGAACUAAUUGAUGCAAUCAGGGAGGAGUUGGGCAAGUCAAGCUCUGCAUAGGGGAAUACAAUGCACCUGUAUUUUUAAAUACGAUCACUUCAGAGGUCUGCUUCAGUUUAAGACAUUAUCUCAAAAGCAAUGAAAUGGAAAUUUACAGUUUUAACCAGUAGGGAUCACAAUAACCAUGUUAUAUUUGGAAGAUCUAUUAAGGGUCGAUGCCGGGACGGAGUUUUGAGCGUUGGGGGCACAGGAAGCGUACAGCAAGAGGUUACCCAGAUACCUCAAAGCAACGCCAUACACCAAAACCCCCCGAAUAUUGAGGGUAUCAAGACACAGUCUUAAGGAAGUGACUGUCAUUAUGCAAUGGAUUACUAUGAAAAGAUAAUAAGACUACGAAUAAAGACACAAACUAUUACUGAACUACAUACUGUAUUAACCAUUGAAGAGUGAAAUUGUAAAUCAAGCAGAUGAUAUUCAUUCUGUGGCACAUUGUUUAGCAAAGGGCAGGCUUUGUUGUUUAUGAAUUUAAAAGGUGGUGGUGUUGAAGUAUUGUUAACUGGUUGGCCUUGUAUACAGCAAAACCUUGAAUCUGGCCAACCAAACGAGUCUAUAUGGUCUAUUGCUGCAGGACUCUAAUGCUUGUCUUCCUUCCUAAUACUAUUUUAACCAGAAUAUGUACAUUACAAUGACAAAAUAAAACAUUAUACCUGCAAGUCAUUCAGUCAACCUCUUCUAAUGUACGCCAUGGCCAUAUCAGGUAGCUUAAUCGCUCUUGGGACAAUAAGUCUUUUGGUCAGUUUUUUUAUUAUUAUUAUUUCAGACUUCACUUUUCAAAAUUGAAUGCUCGACAGGCUGUCUCUAAUGAGCCACUGUUACACGUAUACCUUCUUCAUCUUGUGUGUUUGCUAACUGUUUGGGAAGAUCACGAGGGACAAUGCCUUUCUACUGUACACCAUUGUAGCUCUUUACCAAAAUCCUCUUAGCAAAUUGAAUUGAAGGUUGACACCAACGUCGACUAGACCGUAUUUGUAGAUAGUGCUAACCAGAAAUACAAUGAACUUUUUAUUCACCGUAGGCUCUUUUGUAUUUCUUUCGAUUUUCAGUGCAUGUCGUCUUAUGAAUGGUAAGGGAAAAAUGGUUGCCACGAAAAAAAAUUUAGGUUUCAGUUCAUAAGCAAUAAGUGUAGCAUUGUUAUUCAUUUUCCCAUACUAUGUCUUUUAUUUUCUUUAAUCAUCCACAUUGCCCUCAAAACUGUGGAUGAAUGCAGUUCUCCAUUCAACCAAGUGUGGUUAACAAAGGACUCCUCUUUAUAGCCAUAAUAAAUUUGCAGGGGUACAACGUUUUACUCAAUGGUCCAUUUUACUGUUUUAUUUUUUAGCAUUCAAGGAUGCAAAAGAUCAUAUAUGGUCACAUAUUCAUUCUGCUUUGGGUGUCUACCAACUAAAUAAGUGUUUAUCUAAUGAGGGCCAAGUAACACUUCGCAGUGGAUGGGUUGAAUAGCUUUGGGAAUUUUGUUGUCUGUUCUUUUAUUAUUUUUGCUUUGACCUCUUUCUGCACACUGGAAGACACUCCGUUCGAUUUUUAGUGGGGCUCUAUCUUCCAGCAUGCUUUAUAGGAAAUUUUUUAUUGUGAGAUGCGCUUAAUAAUUGAGAACAUGAGUUUGCCGUUUCCCCUGUCUUUUCACUUAUGUCGUUCAAAACAAUUUCCUUUCUCCAUUCGCCAUCACUCAAAACAAUCUCAAGGAAUCAGAAAGUUUGUAUAGAGUGUUUACAGCAUUGAUUGCACUUUAAAAACCCAUAGAAAUUCAAAUGAUUAUAUUGCUGGCAAAACAGCUGUCACUCUGUGAUCGGCAAUAUCACCAAAGCUAAACGGUAACAAUCCCCUGCAUCACACUCUGCGGAUCCACCUUUGUUUUAACAACAAAUAAGUAUCGUUGAUUAGGUAAAGCAGGUGAAUUGUUUUGAUCAGGGUUGAUUCAUUCCUGGAUAAACCUGUUUGUGAUCUUCAUGGUUUGUGCCUUGUUCGGAAGUUGCAUUUAACAUGUCAAAAAAAAAAAAAAUUAAAAGCAUAUACAUAGAGUAUAAAUUAGGGCCUGCCAUAACUUUAUUCAUUUUAUUAUUUUUUUUUUUUUUUUUUUUUUUUUUUUUGCAUUUUGCAUUUUGCUUUAGUGGGUUGCAAAGGAAGCUUUUAAGAUCUUUGUUUAAAAUGAAACAUGCAUUCACAUUCUUCUCUCUGUGUCAUUUUCUGUAGCAUUACGGUGAUGUUUGUGUUAUGGUUAAGACCAUGUAUGCUGAUGAGAUCUUAGAAACUGAUUUUUUUUUUUUUUUUUGUGGUGGUGGUGGUGGUGGAAAUCAGUUGAAAUAAUGUUAUCAGGAAGUUGAUCAUGUUGUCAGCACAUUGAGACUUGAGACUAUAACGUGCUGGUCAAGUUCAGCUGAAUGUCCCUGAAAUGCAUUUUUCGGUUUCCUUUCUAUUUUAUCAUUCAUGUUGUACCAUACUGUUUUCAUGUUAAUUAGAAGUUUCUUACAUGCUAACAUUGUUUUGUUUGAGCAAAUUAAAUAAAAAUUGCAAUACGA